GGAGCUGUGUACGUGUAGCCGCUCAGCUCCUGCCGUCGCUCGGACUACACUGCGGAUCACACGGGCUGCUCUCUGGUGGUAGUGGAGGUCAAACAUGGUGAACAUUACGACCGUUAAGACCAAACCGUACACGGACCAGAAGCCCGGGACGAGCGGGCUGAGGAAGAGGGUGACGGUGUUCCAGCAGAACCAGCACUAUGCGGAAAACUUCAUCCAGAGCAUUAUCUCCGUCAUCGACCCAGCCGAGCGACAGACGGCCACUCUGGUGGUGGGAGGAGACGGGAGGUUUUUCAUGAAGGACGCGAUUCAGCUGAUCGUUCAGAUUGCGGCAGCCAACGGGAUUAAUCACCUUGUAAUUGGUCACAAUGGCAUAAUGUCCACCCCAGCUGUCUCCUGUGUGAUCCGCAAGAUGAAGGCUGUGGGUGGUAUCAUCCUCACAGCCAGCCACAACCCGGGAGGCCCCAGUGGAGACUUUGGCAUCAAGUACAAUAUUUCCAGCGGAGGACCUGCUCCGGAAGGCAUCACAAACAAAAUUUUUGAGAUCAGCAAAGGCCUGCAGGAGUAUCAUAUCUGCCCAGAGCUGAAAGUGGAUCUGGCUACGACUGGGAAGCAAACGUUUGAAGUCGACACUUUUAAGCCCUUCAUAGUGGAGAUUGUUGACUCAGUUGAAGCUUAUGCUGAGAUGUUAAGGGACAUCUUUGAUUUUGCUGCUCUGAAGAACCUUCUUUCUGCUGCUAACCACAUUAAUGUUCGACUGGAUGCAAUGCAUGGAGUGGUGGGUCCUUACAUUAAGAAGAUAGUCUGUGAAGAGCUGGGUUCUCCUGUCAACUCGGCUGUCAACUGCGUCCCCCAGGAGGACUUCGGUGGUCAUCACCCUGACCCCAACUUGACCUACGCUGCUGACCUGGUCAACACCAUGAAAAGUGGAGACUAUGACUUUGGAGCUGCCUUUGAUGGUGAUGGUGACCGAAACAUGGUGUUGGGUAAACAUGGCUUCUUUGUAAACCCUUCCGAUUCUGUGGCUGUCAUUGGUGCCAACAUUACCUCCAUCCCAUACUUCAAAAAGACAGGCGUCAAAGGCCUGGCCCGCAGCAUGCCCACCAGUGGGGCCCUGGACAAUGUGGCCAAAGCUCUGAAGAUGCAGCUGUAUGAGACUCCAACAGGCUGGAAGUUCUUUGGUAAUUUGAUGGAUGCUGGUAAACUCUCGCUGUGUGGAGAGGAGAGCUUUGGCACUGGUUCGGAUCAUAUCCGUGAGAAGGACGGCCUGUGGGCCGUGCUUGCAUGGUUGUCGAUCUUGGCCACCAGGAAACAGAGUGUGGAGGAAAUCAUGAAGGAUCACUGGCAGAAGUUUGGCAGGAACUUUUUCACAAGGUACGACUAUGAGGAGGUCGACUCAGAUUCUGCAAACAAGAUGAUGAAGGAUCUGGAGACACAAAUGUCCGACCCGUCCUUUGUUGGAAAGAAGUUCUCAUCGGGUGACAAGACGUAUGUGGUGGCUGUUUCUGACAACUUUGCCUAUACAGAUCCCGUGGAUGGUAGUGUGUCCAAAAACCAGGGCCUCCGGAUCAUCUUUUCUGACGGUUCUAGGAUCAUUUUCCGUCUCAGCGGCACAGGCAGCGCGGGAGCAACCAUCAGGCUUUACAUAGACAGCUACGAGAACGAUGCCCAGAAAAUCUUUCAGGAUCCACAGGUGAUGCUGGCCCCUCUGGUGGACAUCGCCCUGAAGGUCUCCCAGCUCCAUGAAAGGACCGGACGCACCGGCCCAACUGUGAUCACAUGAUUCAGCAACAGAUUACCUCCACUUUCUUUAGGGGGGUUAAGCUGCCCCUGAAUGCUGUCAUAGCCUCAGUGUGUUGUUAGUUGGGCUGAAAAAGGGAAACGCAGGAUAAAAAUAAGAAAAUACACGAGAAUUACUCUGACUUAUUCACUGCCUUCUUUUUGUACUAAACCACAGUCAUGUAUCAGGCUGUUUAUAAUGUCCGAGGGGUACAGUUAACUGUCCUGACACAUUUCACUCACCUGCUUGACAUAAAGACAUUGUUAGACGUUCAGAUUUGCAGGAACAGUUUGGAGACGUGGUGCAUCUUUAUCACCCUGGUAGAAUAUGUUGUCACUUGUGAUUUCAUAAAAAAUAAAAGUGCACUGGAGCCUGCCUCUAUCCGACUCUGGUGCAUGUCAAAUUAACACAAAGCAGACCCCACUAAUCUGAGCAGAAAUCAGCCAUUCUGGGCAGCCUUUCUCAUCACUUUCCCCUGUCAUGAUGUUGGGUCUUCCUGUUUCUGUUUUCCUCCAAGCCACCGGCAUCGCCUUUAAACCUGAACCCCAGCAGUGGUAUUAAGAAAUAAUGAACCAACUAUGAAUAAAAGCAUUGUGGAAAACAA